CUUACAUUCAGCGUUCCACUGGUUCAUGGUUAUGCAAAACCAUAAUACGCUGUGGCACUAAAGUGCUACUCAAUUAUGGUCAUGGUCAGAAAAAAAAAAAAAAGGAGAAAAAUCCAACCCUGUGAGUUCAUUUUGACAGCUGAGCUGGAGGAGGGAGCGAGGCAGAGAGAUGAUGAGAGCUGUGGGUGUGACCGCCAGCCCCAGGUUCAGUAUAAACUGACCAUGGAUGCAGGGGGGGGGGGACAAACAGCAGUCUUCCUGGCUCUCUUUUGUCCCGGUUUUCCUGGCAGCGACUGGCGAUGCGAGUGGAAGGCACAGAGUAGCGGCUCAGCAGGGACGCUCAGAAUCUGCUCUAAAACUAGUCCAGUGCUCUCCAGGACUGGCUGCGACGAUGGAGAAAGCUGCUGUGCUGCCGCUGCUGCUCUUCUGCUGCCUGGUCAUGUCUUUGUCAGGCUCCCCGCUCUACCCAUCCAUCAGGUUUGGCCAGAGGGACACGUCCAUCCUCAUGACGUCUUCUCUGAAGAACCCAACAGAGCAGCAGGAGGAGGACAGGCUUCCUCCGAGGAACGGAGAAGAACUGCGCUCCGAACGCCACGCUGAUGCCAUCUUUACGAACAGUUACAGGAAGGUCUUGGGCCAGAUCUCUGCCAGAAAGUUCCUUCAGACCAUCAUGGGCAAACGGCUCGGAGAUGAAAGUGAGAGCUACAUGAAACGCCAGUCAGAUAUCUAUGAGGGGACCUUUAAAGAAGAUCUUACAUCCAUCCAGAGAGAUCAGAGGUACAGAGGAGGACAGGGGGAAGGUGUGAGGCCCAGACUUGUGAGUUGAGGACUGACUGAAAGAAUGGAAGCCAUCAUUGCUUGUGUUCGUUUGCCUUGUCUACUAUAUUCUAUACAAUAAAGUUAGUAAUAUUGUGUUUUAUUAGUUAUUAAAAUGACAUUAUUAAUUAUUAUUAAAAACUGUGAAGACAAUAUAUGUUCUGUGUCAUUCCUGGGGAGGAUGGGAUCAGUUUUAUGAAGAUGUUGAAAAUAAUCAAACCUCUUAUUUAAUUUAAUUAAAGCCACUAACUUUAAUGUGCUGUAUUUGGUUUUUAUGUGACAGAUUAAUACAAGGUAUUCCAUAAUUGUGAAGCUGAAGGGAA